AUGUCGACUGAGACUGCCAAAUGGUGUAAUAGUUUGGAAAAAAGCCUAUGUGAACUUUUGAUAGUUCAAAUACUUGGUGGUAAGAAGCCUAAAUCAUUUGUGAAAGAAGCUUGGAUUGAAGUAAAAGAUGAAUUCAACAAGAAAAAUGGACAGAAUUUUACUAUGGAUCAAAUUAAGAAUAGGUAUAAUUUGUUCAGGGUUAGACACAAUGACAUGAAGAAGCUCAUGUCCCUUAGUGUCUUUGAAUGGGAUUCGGAAGAUAAAAAGAUUAUAGUUGACGACGAAGGAGUGUGGGAUGCAUAUCUUGGGAAUACCCGGAUAAAAAAAAAGUAUAAGACAAAUGGUUGCCCUAUCUAUGAAGAGUUGUGUACCAUUUUUGGCGGUUCAACUGCAACUGGUUCUAAUGCGUAUGCUUCGGCUCAGAGCGUAGAUGAUGAUACUCCAGUUAAGUCCUCGAGGCAGGGGUCGUCCGUUGUUGGGGUGGAAGAAGUAAGUGAAAGCUCAACAGAGAAAGCUAAUGAAAGAGGAAAGCGAAAAGCUCCAACAACAAUUGAUUAUGGUCAAACUAAGAGAGCUACAAGUACUGCUGGUCUGAGUGAAGCUUUGUUUGCUAUUGCUGAUGCCACAAAAGCUAAACAUGUUAUUGAUUUGGAUAAGGAUCCUUUUUCAAUUCCAAAUUGUACAAAGUAUUUGCAAUCUCUUGAUGGCGUGAGUGUUCGAAGUUUAAUGGGGGCGUUAGAGAAGUUUCAAGAUGCUGGAUGGAGACAAGUUUUUAUGUCACUAGAUCCUAAUAAUCAGAAGGAAUGGCUGAAGAAUCUCGGGUCUUAG